AUGGACGCAAAAUACAGCUUCGCUCUGUUCAUCACUGGCAACCCUGGAACCGGCAAGAGUUUCAUUGCAAACAACCUUGGGGCAAAUUUCAAGUCCGGCUUCUCGUUGGAUGGCACUGGAGUAACAAAAGACGUACUGUGUGAGGAUGUUUGGAUUGAUGGUCAGUUGGUGCUCAUGGUUGAUGCACCAGGCCUGUUUGAGGCGACCCUAGACACGACGAGACGCAAUGCAGAAGAAAUCACCAAAGCGUUACAAAUUGGGCCAACGUAUAAUAUUCCUCUUAGGAUCGGGGUUGUUGUAGCGGAUCACAACGGAAGAAUCCAACACGGGGACCUGCUCUUGAUCAAGAAGAUUCACGAAGCAUUGUCACCCGUGUUCGAGAUCCUUUUGAUUAUCAACCAGGUCAAGAAGCGCAACCUGAAAUAUUAUGCCACACCGCAGUGUAUAGAAACAGUGGUGGAAACAAUCAAGGCCAACACUGGUGCUGAUGUCAGGACCGAUCGUGUGCUUGUUAUCAGAGACUACGAUAAUGAUGAGAAGCCAGACAUACAGCCACUCAUUAAUAUGCUUGAGAGAAUCAAUGCAAAACGAGCGCAAAAUGUCAAUGAUAUUACGGUUACCGAAGAAGAAUACAAGGCUAGUUUCAAGGAGUUCACAAUUUUCACGUUGAGUUCAGCUGUAGGUGCAGCUGCAACUGUAGGUGCAGUUGCAACUGUAGGUGCAGUUGCACUCGCUGUGGGUGAAACUGCUGGUAUGGCUACAUCCGCUGCAUUUGUAGCUUCAGGGCCAGCAGCACUAAUAGCUGGGGUUUCUUACAUUCUCUACAAGAUCUUGAAGGAGCUAUCAGGCAGUGGCGAACAAGCUUUUAUACUGUAA